UUCAACGAUUUGUACGCGUCCACCUUAGUGACGUUGGAUGUGGAAACGACACAUUUUAUGACGUGGUUCGUCGCACGUUGCGUUGUUUUUUAUUCUUACUUAUAAGGACAUCCGCCCGUCGAGGCGGGGGUGGGGUGGGGGGGGUCGCGCGCGCAUGGACGGAAACAUGGCGGAGGCCGCGGCGGCGACAAUUGAGCAGCACCGGUUCUUCUGUCACGGCUGCAAGCGUGAAACGCAACCCCAGCUCCCGGAUUUUGUCUGCCCCAGUUGCAAGUCUGACUUUAUUGAGGAGGUGGAACAUGACUCCAGACUCCUGGAGAACAGCACACCAGAGACCAGGGAUGACUCGAACUCGUUGUUCUCAGAAGUAAUCCUUUGCGAAUUACAUUUCCAACGAAAUGCUCCUAUUUGUGCCAAGCCUUUUGACUCACCGUUUCUUCUGUACCUCUUGCAAGCUCUGGCAGCUGUUGUUUAUGGAGCGCUCUGCUCUGCUGUCGCACCCGCCAGCGUGCCCCGGCCUCAUUUGGGGGCAACCGUUUUUACCGUCUGUUUUUUUGCCCAUUCAAGGAUCGUGCAGCACUUCUUGGCCGACCUGUUGACAACCAAUGGAAACUCCAGCGCUGCACCGGCUGCAUUAUCGAGCAUGCUACAACUGUAUUCAAACCCGGCAGACUAUGCAUGGGGUCAGGGAGGCCUGGAUACAGUCAUCACAGAGUUGUUAGGACAGUUGGAGAACACGGGUCCACCCCCUGCUGAAAAGAACAUGAUCUCAUCGUUGCCGACAGUUUGCAUUUCUCAAGAGCAAACAGACUGCAGACUGGAGUGCACAAUUUGUAGGGAGGAGUAUUCACCGGGCGAAUCUGCCCGCAAGCUACCCUGCCUCCAUUUCUUCCACAGUGAAUGUAUCGUGCCCUGGCUUGAGUUGCACGAUACUUGUCCAGUGUGCCGAAAAAGCCUGGACGGUGUUGACAACAGCCUCCUCCUGCCCGCAACGCAACCUCCCGAAGCUCGCGCCAUGAGGACAGAACAACAGGGCAGGCAGGCCAUCUGAGUUAACGGCAACUUCACCUCCUUCCUGGCGAUGAUCGUGGCCGUGACUUGCAGCUUGAACUGUCACUUCAUUUGCACAUUUAGCGUGGCACAUUUUUCUUCUACGCACUAACUCAUCUCGGCAGUAAGCUUUGCGAGACCACAAUGCUCGUCGCUGCUUUCCUCAACGGCUGAUUCGGAACUUGUCGCCACCGAGCCGCCAGCGGACAGAAUUCCCUGGGAAACGACACUUUUUACAUGAAGACUGUGACGAAGACGGUGACCUAAUGUAUCCGCUUGAUCUGAAUCAGCGUCACGCUCCUGUUUGUGAAGCCGCAAUUAAAGUUUGAUCAUUUCUUUAUGCCCACCUUCCGCCACAAGAGCUUAGACGUAAAAGCGCAACUUUUGCAGGCACUUCGUCCAAGGUUUGCAAUCAGCGCAUGCUUUGGCUGACUUCGACCUCGGGCCUUGAGGACAUUUCCCAAAUGUGGACGCUGUAGUUUUUUUUUUCCAUCCUUUUUGGGGGGAGACGAAUUCUGUUUUCCAAAACCUCCCAGAAUGUAAGUAGUUAUGUUUUUUGGGACGUGGGUCCAGUACAAAGUAUACACAACUAAAACAAAAGUAAGAACCAUUUUGUCACGUUAAAACUUUUGUAGUCUCAAGGAAUGUAUGAUCACAGAAUUUAGGUUUUUCAGAUUUACCACAUGACCGCUUCUUGUAUAAUGGGGAAAAAAUAUAUCUAGAUAUUCUACACUUAUUUCAAUCUUAAAUGCGAGACAAAAGGUCGCUAGCAUUCUCUCAAAAUCCAUCAAGAAUAAAGAGUGACUGCUCCAAUA